GCGGCGCGGCCGCGGGAGCAGGGGCGGGUUUAUGGCGGCGGCUCUGUCCGCGCUCGCUGCCAGGCUCUCCCAGUCGGCCGCGGCCAGGUCCUACGGCGUGUUCUGCAAGGGGCUCACCAGGACCCUCCUCAUCUUCUUCGACCUGGCCUGGAAGCUCCGCAUCAACUUCCCCUACCUCUACAUCGUCGCCUCCAUGAUGCUCAACGUGCGGCUGCAGGUCCACAUUGAGAUCCAUUGACAUGUGACUUGGUGUGCUGCUUCUGCUGUAUGCUGCAACUAGAGUCAGUCAUACUUCAGCCUGUUGUGAAGCAGCAAAGCUGUGCUCGUGUGCUCUAGGACUAUGAAGAAAGAAGAUUUUACCCAGAAACAAGUAUGUGACAAUGGCCCAGAUCAUCACAAGCCAGCAGCUCAUCUGACACACGUGCAUUCCAUGUUGGACAGUUCUCAAAAUCAUAGUAGCAGUUUACAAGAAUUAUAUAACACCAGGAAUUGUUCUCUCUGUAAUACUAUACCUCUGUCUUCUGUUGGCAAGGAAAUGCCUCUGAGUUUCAGUGAAUCAGCAGGGAUGAACUCAAGUGCAGCUGCUCCUUGGAAGGAUUCAUUUCAUCUGCAUUUUUCUUCUGGGAAAGACAGUCUCGAUAGGGUUUCUCACUGCAUCGGUGGCAUUUCAGUAACAGGCUGGCUGGAAGAAGCUCAUAACAUCUCUGGAGACUUCAGCUCAUGCUGCCCAGGAGACAACUUUGUAUGUUUUGCACAAUUCUGUCUGGGAAAUUUGCGGUAUAAUAAAAACCUGUGGCUUCUGGAAUUAGAAAUAAGCAGUAGCAAAGAGAAUGAAUUGCAGUUUGUAUUUUUUAAAGCACUGGAGCUUGGUGGACUCCCUGAUGCCUGUUCUAAUCCAGUUGCCUUUCUGAACAACUCUGCUAUGGGACUCUCAAACAACCAGAAACCAUGUUUUUUUCUUUGUUGCUUAAAUGUUGUAUCUUCAGAGCAAACACCUGGAUAUGAGCAAAUGCUUUUGAAUAUACAAUAUGUGACUAAUUAUUUUCACAUCACACAGCUAGUAAUCUCUGUGCUAGCUUUUGCACUAGCAGAUCUCUGGUAUGCAGUAGUGAAGGUAAAAAAAGUAUUGAGAUUUUAAUAAUUACUAUUUUUAAUAUUAACAGAAAAUAAGAGACAAGGUUACAGUUCAGGUUUUAGUGAGAAUUAGAUAGCUGAAGUAAAAACUAUAGUUGUAUAAUUGCUAGUUAAACUGGCUGUUGGAAGAAUAGGGACUUUUUUUUGGUA